AUGGAGCCGACUGGGAACCAUGGCUCAGGUUUCAGUCCUGGUCCUGGUGUCAGUCCUGGUCCUGAAACCAGUGGGAGCAAAAGUCCAGCUCUGGUCUCAGGUUUGGUGAAGAGUCUCCGCAGCAGCAUCCAGCGAAACAAGAAAGAAACUCACAGUCCCCAGUCUGCAAGUUCUCUGAAGGCCAUGUUUCGAGUUGAUUCCCCGUCUCCAAAGAGCAGAGGGCUGUCACGCUCAAACACAGACCCAAACCUGGGCUCGCUGAAGCACAGAGGGGCUCACCUCCGCCGCAGCCUGUUCGGGACCAAGAGGGAGCGAGGGGAAGUGAUGUCAUCAGUGAUGUCAUCAGUGAAGGAGGGGGGAGGAGGGGAGGAGGGGAGGAGCGAGGAAGAGGAGAGAGGAGACGAGGAGGAGACACAACCUGACGAGAUGUACUGUCUGCCUGAGCUUCCCCCCAUUCCACUGUCUGUGAUGCAGAUCCACAAACUCAUAGAGAUGGAGGUCCUGGAGGAGGCCUAUCUGAACCUGUUAGCGCUAAGAGUUGAGUUCCAGCGCGAGACGUCGAUGAAGACCCCAGUGAGCCCGAGUCCUGAGGCGAAGACCCCAGUGAGCCCGAGUCCUGAGGCAAAGACCCCAGUGAGCCCGAGUCCUGAGGCAAAGACCCCAGUGAGCCCGAGUCCUGAGUCUGUGGUUUUGGUGAAGAAAGAGAAAGACCUGAACCUUUUGUACAACGAGCUGAAGACCAAGGUUCACGGCAUUGUGCGGGACUCCAACAGCCUGCCAGCACGGAACAAGCCUCUGCUGCACAUGGUGUGUAGGAUCAUCCAGGAGGAGGAGCAGCGGGUGUUGGAGCCUGGGGGCCUGGGCUGCAGCUGGAGGACCAUGUGGAGGUCUGCGGUGGGGGAGGGGGUCCAAGCCCGGGUGGACCAGGUUACCAUGGAGACGCCUCAGCAGAACCCCGCCUGGCUCGCCACUCACCUGGGCCUCCUGGGCCGGACCGUGGUCACCGACCUGAAGGGGGUGAAGACAGACCUGUGCUGGGCCUAUCCACCCAGCUUCAUGGUGUUCCAUGAGUACGUGUCCAGUUAUAACAGAGUUGUGGGGAAACACCUGCAGAAGCUGAUGAAGGAGACCUCAGACCUGAAGGACCUGCACCAUCUGCUCACCUGGUCCCAGGUCCACUACAACAGUGAGUCCGUGAUGCAGCACGUCUCUCUCCAGCCUGAAAUCUCUCUGGAGUCCACAGAACUGGACCUGGAUCCAGACUUCAAGACUGAGCUGAGGACCAAGUACUGCAACCGAGUCCAGGAGGACCUGCGUUCGUCUCUGUCAAACAUCACGGAGCUCGAGGACAAAGAAUUUUGGUCCAAAGCGAAAGAACCAGAGUCUGAGGACGGACUGUGGCUGUCAGACAUACACAUGGACAUCGGGACCUUGGUGAAAGGCCUCGUGACUCAGUCUGAAAAAAUCGAUCCAGACCUGGAGCUCAGAGUGACCUCCUGCUGCUUAUCUGAGCUCACGGACUUCCCCAGGAGGUUUGAGGUGGACUUCAGACGUCAGUGCGAGGGCCUUAAACCACAGAUUUGGAAGCAGUACCUCGUCACCUACGUCAACUCCUUCAGCACCUUACUGGAGCACAUGGAGAGUCUUGGUCAAACGUGUCCAGCUCAGCUCCAGGCUCUGACCAAACAAACUGACAGCUUCAGAGAACGGCUUCUGCACGAGCUAACCCUGCUCUACAGCAACAGCAUCCAGGUUCCACUGCGGAGGAUGAUGAGCAGGAAGUGGCUCACGACCGACGAAGACUUCAGAGAUCUGAGGACGAAGACAGAGGAGCUGAGUGUGUUGUGUGGAGGCCUGAGAAAACCACACGCAGAGGGAGGAAAGUUACCACAGUGGUGCGUCUUGGUGUCGGACCAUGGAGGAAAGAGGAAGAGUGUGAAGCGGGUCUUCAGCCCGACUAAGAUCAGGUUUUCACUGUUUCCGACCGAGGUGAGAAAUGGUCUGACUGCAGCCGGAAGUGUUUACCCAAAGACUGGAAUGUCCUAUUGUUCCAAACCGGACACACUUCAGCGAGACAUGGAGAGGGCAGAGGACGUCCCAGCAGAGGGCAGACACGUCCCGGCAGAGGACAGAGACGUCCCGGCAGAGGACAGAGACGUCCCGGCAGAGGACAGAGACGUCCCGGCAGAGGACAGAGACGUCCCGGCAGAGGGCAGAGACGUCCCGGCAGAGGGCAGAGACGUCCCGGCAGAGGGCAGAGACGUCCCGGCAGAGGGCAGAGACGUCCGGCAGAGGGCAGAGACGUCCCGGCAGAGGGCAGAGACGUCCCGGCAGAGGGCAGAGACGUCCCGGCAGAGGGCAGAGACGUCCCGGCAGAGGGCAGAGACGUCCCGGCAGAGGGCAGAGACGUCCCGGCAGAGGGCAGAGACGUCCCGGCAGAGGGCAGAGACGUCCCGGCAGAGGACAGAGACGUCCCGGCAGAGGACAGAGACGUCCCGGCAGAGGGCAGAGACGUCUGCCAGAGACGUCCCGGCAGAGGACCCAGACGUCUGCCAGAGACGUCCCGGCAGAGGACACAGACGUCCGGGCAGAGGACACAGACGAGGUGGCCAGCACCUCCUCCUCAGUCGCCGCCUCCUCUCUCACAUGGUUGUGUUGCUGUCUGACAUGGUUGUGUUGCCGCAGGAGGUGGCCAGCUCCCAGCACCUCCUCUUCAGUCGCCUCCUCCUCUCUCACAUGGUUGUGUUGCCGCAGGAGGUGGCCAGCUCCCAGAACCUCCUCCUCAGUCGCCUCCUCCUCUCUCACAUGGUUGUGUUGCUGUCUCACAUGUUUGUGUUGCUGUCUGACAUGGUUGUGUUGCUACAGGAGGUGGCCAGCUCCCAGCACCUCCUCCUCAGUCGCCUACUCCUCUCUCGGCUGAUGAAAGGACAGUUCUCCUGUAAGAACCGCAAACACCAGAGGGCAGCAGAGAGGCUCCGGAAACAGUGGGACCUCCUGCAGGAGCUGUUCAAGAGCAUGGGCUCCUGGCACCUGUGGCUGUGUCCUGUAGGGGGCGCUGUGUGUGACCUGAUCGGACAGAAGCACGAGGACCACAUCAAGGACCAGCUCCCAGCGCUGAUACAACUCUGCCCAGACUUUGGGAGGAGACACCUGGUGGCGCUGUUGUGGUUUCGUGGUUUGCCUCGAGGCAGAGAACAUGGUCAGAUUCUGAAGACGCUGUCGGAGCUGAAGAAGAAGAACUCUGGGGCCGUCCAGGAGAACCCUUUUCUGUUCAAGGACAUGGAAGUGACCACCAAUCAGAACUGUCUCCUCCCCUACAGCUGCGUCUGGGGAGGAGUUUCCAGAGCAAUAAAAGGAACUGACGCAAACCAGAGACGAGCAGAGACUCGUGCUGCCCCCUGCUGGUCCAACAUGCGUUUGCGCUCCGGCUCAUUGGAUGCCCUAGGGCUGCACUUCCUGUCUGACCCUUUGGGCGGAGCCAGAGGCGUGGGGGGGCGGAUCCAGAGGUUCUUCAGAAGAAACAGUUCGACCAAUCAAAACACAGCAACUGCACCGACUCUAACGACUGCUGCUGUGGAGGAGGAGCCAGAGGACGCCCAGACCUUUGAGGACCUCCUGCAGCAGCAGCGCUUCUCCGAGGCCAGUGACCUCCUUAUCCAACAAGAAACUCGUUUAUAUCUGGAGUCUCCCACCUCCCAGCGCCUCCUUCAGGAGUCUCCUGCCCACCAGAACUGGGAGCUCCAGGCUGCGCAGCUGCAGAGAGACCAUGCGCUUCUUCAUACAGCGCUCCUGAAGACAAUCUGCUCCUCUCUGCUCCCUGACACCUCCUCUCAGGGCUCCCUGCUCCCUGACACCUCCUCUCAGGCGCUCUCUUCUGCUUUGGAGGCGCUGCAGCGUGAGACUCAGCGUGACACCUUCUGGAUGCAGGAGCAGGAGACGCAGCGACCCGCCUGGCGCCCGAGCGGUCUGCAGGAGGCGCAUGACCAGGAGCUGCGUGCGCUGGUGGAGGAGCGCAUGGACCGAUGCUCAUCCGUCCAGGAGGAGGUGGGGGGCUCCAUCCAGGAGGAGGUGGGGGGCUCGUCCAUCCAGCAGGAGGUGUGGUGGAUGGGCAGGAGGUUGAGGGAGGACCUGGAGCGGGUGGUGAGGCAGGUUGAGGGCUGUUACCAUGGAGACGCACACAUCUGUAACAUGUUGAUGCAGAUGUACCACGGCGCCAUGGCAACGCACAUCAACAACAUCACACAGUACGGACUCGAUGACCGAGACUGUAGCUUCCUCCUGCGCUGGGUCCACGACUACUACCCUCAGAUGCUUCUUUCUUCUUCAUGGUCUGAACACAUCGACACAGAAGCUUUGGAGAAACUUCUGGAUCCGAGUCUUCUGCAGCCGCUGGAGGAGCAGUACCUGAGCAGAGAGAAGGAGGACUUGCAGACAUACAUCAGUAAAGUGUUGAAUGAAGCGAAGCAGCUUUGGAUCGACGGAGAAACUCCCCCGAGAGAAGACGGAAGAUACACCAGUGACACGGCCUUCCACAUCAUACAGAUUGUUAAAGGUAAAGUGACGACUGCAGAGACAGUUCUGUCCGACAGAAGCAAAGCCCAGAGUCUGACAACAGUCCUACCAGAGCUACUAUACAGUUACAGACGUUUUGUGGAGGAUGUGAUGAAAAGCAGCAAACGCAACACUGCAACGAUCAAAGCCAACCUGCACUGCACACAACAGUUCAUUGACGUGCUGCAGACCAGGCCCCUGUUUCCUGCUGACGUCAGAGCUCAGUGUCUGGUUUCACUGCGAGAGAUUCUGCUGAGUCAGCAGCAGUACCUGCUGAGUCAUCUGGACACACAACUCAACCCUCUGUACAAGAAGCUGAGCAGUGAUUGGCUGAGAGGAGAAACGUUCAAGAAGAUUCUGGAGACGAUCGAAUCUCAGAGAUCAGAGCUGCAGGAAGUCCACACCUCCAGUCUGCAGGAGCUGGUGGGCCUCCUCCACAUCCAAGUUGCGGUUCAGUACGUGAAGAUGUUGCUCAGAGGAAACAAACUCAAAGACAAGGGGAGACAAGAGGAGGCGCAGGAGGUCAUGAGGAGGGACGCAAGGAGACUGCAGGAGGUGCUCUGUGCCCUGGGUUCUCCUCACCUCCUCAGGGUUCUCCUCACCUCCUCUCUCCUCCUCCUCGGGGUUCUCCUCACCUCCUCUCUCCUCCUCCUCGUGGUUCUCCUCACCUCCUCUCUCCUCCUCCUCAGGGUUCUCCUCACCUCCUCUCUCCUCCUCCUCAGGGUUCUCCUCACCUCCUCAGGGUUCUCCUCACCUCCUUUCUCCUCCUCUUCAGGGUUCUCCUCACCUCCUCUCUCCUCUCUCUUCAGGGUUCUCCUCACCUCACCUCCUCUCUCCUCCUCCUCAGGGUUCUCCUCACCUCCUCUCUCCUCCUCUUCAGGGUUCUCCUCACCUCCUCUCUCCUCCUCCUCAGGGUUCUCCUCACCUCCUCUCUCCUCCUCCUCAGGGUUCUCCUCACCUCCUCAGGGUUCUCCUCACCUCCUCUCUCCUCCUCUUCAGGGUUCUCCUCACCUCCUCUCUCCUCCUCCUCCGGGUUCUCCUCACCUCCUCUCUCCUCCUCUUCAGGGUUCUCCUCACCUCCUCUCUCCUCCUCUUCAGGGUUCUCCUCAUCAGUGGAUCACAGAUGUUCUCUUCAGAUUCGCAGAACUUCUCAAACUGCAGGACGUUGCAGCCGUUCAGAUGCAUGUCGUCUCCAUGGUUACAGCCUACCCAGACCUGAGGGAGAGUCACGUUUACUUCGUCCUAAAACUCAAAUCCAACUUCAGCAAAACAAACCGACAGAAACUAGCACAUGGUCCCACAGACCCUGGUGGUCCCUCAGACCCUGGGGGUCACUCGGACCCUGGUGGGGGUCUGUCAGACCCUGGUGGUCCCUCAGACCCUGGGGGUCACUCAGACCCUGGUGGGGGUCUGUCAGACCCUGGGGGUCACUCAGACCCUGGUGGGGGUCUGUCAGACCCUGGGGGUCACUCGGACCCUGGUGGUGAGAGGACAGAGUAG